AGAGAGAAGGAGGUCUCCAUUGAUUACUAUAAUCUUCUUCCAUUGUCUAAAGGGCAAUUGAUCAUCAUAUAUACGUAUAUAUAUAUAGAUAUAUAGAGAGAGAGACAGGAGAGAGAGAGAGGGGAAGAAAUGGGAAGGCCACCAUGCUGUGAUAAAGUUGGAAUCAAGAAAGGUCCAUGGACUCCUGAGGAAGACAUCAUUUUGGUUUCUUACAUUCAAGAACACGGCCCGGGAAAUUGGCGCGCCGUCCCGACUAAUACCGGGUUGAUGAGAUGCAGCAAAAGUUGUAGACUAAGGUGGACAAAUUACCUAAGGCCAGGAAUCAAAAGAGGAAACUUCACCCCUCAUGAAGAAGGGAUGAUAAUCCAUCUCCAAGCUUUAUUAGGCAACAAAUGGGCCGCGAUAGCUACAUAUCUACCUCAGAGGACCGACAACGAUAUCAAGAACUACUGGAACACUCACUUAAAGAAAAAGCUCAAGAAGCUCCAAUCAGAUAAUAAUUUAGCGGGGUCCCACGUGGCGCGUUCUAACAUUAAUCAUCCGAUCGUCUCGAAAACUUAUGACAUUGAAAAUACGAGCAAGAACCAGACAAGUGUCCACCACGCCUCGAGUGAGGAGAACAUAUCGAGACUCCUCGAAGGGUGGACACAAUCUUCGUCUUUCCCUUACAUGAAUAGUGUUUCAAGCCCGAUCGAUUGUAAUAAUGGAACUAGCGACAGAUUUCAUCGAUUUUUCGGGCAAACCCCCGGCGAGGGUAGCAACGGCGGGGCGACGGGUUCGAUAUUUCAAUUUUAUAGGCCACAAUUGGGGAUUGAUGGUAAUGAUAAUGAAGGGUGGACAACUAGUGAGAUGAAUAGUGAUCAUCAUCAUCAAGAAAUUGAGGCUAUCUCCACCGUUGAUCGCCAUUAUCGCCAUCAUCAUCAUCAUCGGAGCUUCGAUAAAUUGUCUUGUGGGGGUUCUAGCCAAAAGGGCUCGGAGAGUAGCGGCGUAAUCGACCACGAGGAAAAGAUAAAGAUUGAUACAAAUGCACCUCCGUUGUCGUUUCUUGAAAAAUGGUUGCUUGAUGAGAACUCCGGGCAUAUGGAGCUCGAUUCGAUCUUUUAGUCGGGUGUUUAUUCGAAAAGAAUUACGGGGAUAUGUAAGAAAAAAAAGAAGGAAGGAAAGAAUUGUUAGAUUUGAUGAUAUGUAUUUAUUAAAUUAGGUAUAGAAGCGCCCAUAAUUUCUAAUUCUAAUAUAUUUUGUUUUGUUUUGUUUUCAUAUUGUAUGUAAUAAUUGUCCUUUCGUGAUAACUAAAAUUUU